AUGCUUCCUCCUAGAAAGUUACUCGUCCAAAAAUUAACUUCCUACAUUGAGGAGGAUAUUCCAGCAUUUGAUGUGAGUGCAGCCAUCGUUGGAGAUUCCAUCAAGACAUCUACGAUAUUCUACAAGAAAUCGAAUAAUGAUUUCAAUUCCGAUACUUUACCAAUUAUUAUGAGUGGUAUUCCAAUUUUGACAGUUUUAUUCGAAGAUUGUUUUCCAAAUUUGAAAGUAAAUUGGCUUGUUGGAGAAGGUGAUAAUUUGAAUGAUGAGGCAACCAUUUCGAAUUUAUUGAAAUUAUAUGGAAGUCUUAAAUAUCCAACUCAGAGUCAAUGUGAGAAGAAACUUAAAGUUCCAAUUGCCAUUGUGGAAGGUCCUGUUUAUCAAUUAUUACAAGUGGAAAGAUUAUGUCUCAAUAUCUUGUCACAUUUGACAGGAAUUUCCUCAAUUUCCAGAAAAGUUCAAAAUCUAGUCCUUUCAGAAAUUGAAAAGAAUGGAGCUAAAUUCAGAGGAGAAAUUGCUGCCACUAGAAAGACAACUCCUGGAUUGAGACAUUUCGAAAAGUAUGCAGUGAUGGUUGGUGGAUGUAAGCCACACCGAAUGGAUCUAUCCCAAAUGGUCAUGUUGAAGGAUAAUCAUGUGGAUGCAUGUGGUGGAUCAAUUUCUAAAUGUGUUAAAAGAGCAAGAUCACUCUGUGGAUGUAAUACUCAGAAAAUUGAAGUGGAAUGCAGAUCACUGCAAGAUGCUAGGGAGGCAGCUCAAGCUGGAGCUGACAUUGUCAUGUUGGAUAAUUUCAAUGCUGUGCAAGCUAGAGAUGCUUCUGAUGUGUUAGUUAAAGAAUUUCCAAAUCUUGUGAUUGAAGUGAGUGGAGGAUUGAAUCCAGAAACAGUUUUGGAAUAUUUGAAGGAAUGUUCGAAUGUUCAUGUUCUUUCGAUGGGAAUUUUAACAGAAGGAGGUGGAAUUAAGGUUGAUUUUUCAAUGAAAAUUACAGAAACAACACAAUAAACUCUUUCAAUGUAAAU